AUGAAAGAAGACCAGAGGGCAGUAUAUAAGCCUCAGGAGGCUAAUAACGACGGCCGGGAAGAGCGACUCCUAGAGUUUAUCCAAUCCCAUCCGAAGUAUAAAGAAAUGCAAGGAAAACCAGAGAUAAUUCUGGCUGCAAUCGAUGAGUUCGGACAUAAAGAAGACUUUCUCAUGAAUGUUGGAUGGGAAAAGGGCAACAUCGUGGCGGAAAAACUGAUUCCCGAGCUACAACCCGAUUUCAUGAUUGAGCUAGGAGGCUAUGUGGGAUACUCUGCUUUGUUGUUCGGUAGUGCGCUAAAACGCGCUCGUGGCCGAAAAUAUCUGAGUCUUGAGGCAAGCCCUAAGUAUGCCGCUAUAGCUGCGGCUUUGGUGGAACUUGCUGGAUUGAACGACGUAGUGGAAAUCAUUAUCGGGCCCUGUCGCGACUCUCUCCGCAAACUGCGACAAACCUACCCAACUGGUGCAGUUGAUGUGCUUUUUAUCGAUCAUGCAAAGCCUCAUUAUGUCAAUGAUUUGAAGCUCUGUGAAGAGCUAAGUCUGGUGAGACCUGGGACAACUGUGAUUGCCGAUAAUGUGAUUUUGCCAGGAAAUCCUGAGUACCGGGCCUACGUGAGAGAGUCGACUGAUGACAAGAUUCACCGCGUGAAACAGGAGCAAAAGGCACAGAUGGCUUCCUUGGCAGAGCCAAAUGAUGAACUGUCUUUGGGGAAUCCAUACUUGACUUACGACACUACUCUUAUUGAAAGUUUGGCGCCAACUGGUGAAGUUGUGAGUUUCCCCAGCGAACGUCUUCAGAGACACUGCCUAAUAUAA